AUGCGGGCAGCACUUUCAUUAAAGGCUAGCAAUGGAUCUGCUCCAAAUGCAGAGAACAACAAGCAGGCAGCAAAAAAUGCACCGGUAGCUGGUAAGCUUACCCGUCAGAUUGGCACCAGCAACUUGCGUCGAGAAGUUAUUUCGAUCAGAGAAGCUGAUAGGAAACCUCUCAUCGAAUUCAAUUCUAAGGAGAAUUUCGAGGUUUUCGAGGAUCCAGAUCCAGUGACGGAUGUGGUCACGCAUAUUGAUAACGAUGAGAACGACGCAGAUGCGAUCGUGUUUACAACUGAGAAUGUUGGUGUGCAGGAUAACAACCUCAUCAACGAUUUGGAACGAAAGAUGGAAGAAAAGAGCCACGCUGAGCAACUAAAAAUUCAGUUUGUGCAAACUCGUGACAACAAUGACUCAUUUUCAAGACUCUCGGAACCUCCAUCAGAGAUGAUGUCUGUUUCGACUGGUUAUGAUGAUGAUGACUUUGAUAAAGCCUCUGUCGCUUCAUCAAUUUUCACAACAACCGUACGUGCAUCAUUCUCUUCAAUUCGAGUUGACUCCGAACCUACUGUCAAUUUGAAAAGAGAGUUGGUAAUUCGAAAGAAAGCCGAAAAAGACGCACGAGAUGAAGCAAUGUUCUCAUCUGACGAAUAUUUUCCGGAUAUUAUCAAGUACAUGAUGCAUCGUCAGCUGAAAACCCGCCCUGCACCAAACUAUUUUACGAGGCAAACCCAAGUUAACGAAGAAAUGCGAACUAUUCUGAUUGAUUGGUUCAAUGACGUCGUGAAGGAGUACAAUAUGAAGCAAGAAACUUUUCAUCUGGCAUGCAAUCUCGUUGAUCGAGUCCUCUCUUUUCUCAAUGUCGACAAAAUCCAAUUCCAGCUUGUGGGGACAACGUCUCUUAUGAUCGCUGCGAAGUAUGAAGAAAUCUUCCCUCCUGAGAUUCAAGAAUUCUCGAUUAUCACGGACAACACAUACGGAAUCGAGGAAAUUCUACGGAUGGAAAGGUUCCUUCUAGCAAAGUUUGAUUUUGUUGUCGGCCUUCCAACUGCAGCGUGGUUCGGUGCCUGUUUUGGAAAGAGAAUGAGGUUCACUCACAAAAUGACAAAGACUAUGAGAUAUCUCGUUGAUCUUUCCCUUGUUGAUGUCCAUUUUCUGAGAUACCGACCCUCGGACAUUGCCGCUGCAGCCGCUUGUUUUGCAAAUGUACAAUUGGGGAAAGAAGCAUGGCCGAAGGAGAUUAUCGAAGACACUGGAAUCGACACGGAUGACUUUGUUGAUGUACUGAAAGACCUUCAUCACAUGUAUAUCACUGCUUCAACAUCGGAUUACAAGUCGAUCUUCAACAAAUAUUGCGAGACGGAUGAAAAGGAAGUUGCUCUUGUUUCUGCCCCAACGGACAAAUUUCGCGAGUUGUUCCCCACGAUAUUUGGAGCUCCUCGGAAAAUUGCCUCAAAGUGA